AUGCCUGCUAUCCAACAAAAUGCGCCCGAGUCCGCUGGACAAAUCCCCGCGCCCCAAAAGUCAACUCCUACCUUCAGCCCCAACGAUGUGACCGUCAUCUUUGUCCUUGGAGGCCCUGGCGCCGGCAAGGGUACCCAGUGCUCCAAGCUCGUCUCCGAGCACGGCUUCACCCACCUUUCGGCCGGCGAUCUUCUGCGCGCCGAGCAAGAGAGACCUGGUUCCCAGUACGGCGAUCUCAUCAAGGACUACAUCCGAAACGGCCUCAUCGUCCCCAUGGAGGUGACUAUCGCUCUCCUCGAGAACGCCAUGGCUGCUGUCCUCAAGGAGACAGGCUCACAAAAGGGCCGCUUCCUCAUUGAUGGUUUCCCCCGCAAGAUGGACCAGGCUGUCAAGUUCGAGGAGACCGUCUGCCCCGCCAAGCUCGUCCUCUUUUUCGACUGCCCCGAAGCGGUUAUGGAGUCCCGUCUGCUCGAGCGCGGCAAGACCAGCGGCCGAGAGGAUGACAACGCCGAGAGCAUUCGCAAGCGCUUCCGCACCUUCAUCGAGACGAGCAUGCCUGUUGUCGACCGCUUCGAGGAGGUUGGCAAGGUCCUGAAGCUCGAUGCUACACCUGAGCCUGAUGAGGUUUACGCCAACACUGAAAAGGCCCUCGCUGAGCGUUUGGGUGCGGACUUCUAG